AGGCUUAAAGCCGCGGGGCCGAACUGGGCAGCUGCAAUAUGGCGGAGACGGAGGGGGAGAGCCUGGAGUCCUGGCUGAAUAAAGCCACCAAUCCUUCUAACCGCCAAGAGGACUGGGAAUACAUAAUUGGCUUCUGUGAUCAGAUCAACAAAGAACUUGAAGGGCCUCAGAUCGCUGUCCGUCUGCUGGCUCACAAGAUCCAAUCUCCACAGGAAUGGGAGGCAGUGCAGGCCCUCACGGUACUGGAGGCGUGUAUGAAGAACUGUGGGAGGAGAUUUCAUAAUGAAGUGGGAAAGUUCCGGUUCUUGAAUGAGUUAAUCAAAGUUGUCUCUCCAAAGUACUUGGGAGAUAGGGUGUCUGAGAAAGUGAAGGCCACAGUCAUCGAGCUGCUUUAUAGCUGGACACUGGCUCUGCCGGAAGAAGCUAAGAUCAAAGAUGCCUACCAUAUGUUGAAGAGACAGGGUAUAGUGCAGUUGGACCCUGCUGUCCCCAUGGACAGAACACUGAUCCCUUCUCCCCCACCUCGUCCUAAAAACCCUGUUUUUGAUGAUGAGGAAAAAUCCAAGCUUUUAGCCAAGCUACUGAAAAGCAAGAACCCGGAUGACCUGCAAGAGGCCAACAAGCUCAUCAAGUCCAUGGUGAAAGAAGAUGAAGCUCGCAUCCAAAAGGUGACCCGACGUCUGCACACGCUGGAAGAGGUCAACAACAACGUGAAGCUGCUCCACGAGAUGCUCCUGCACUUCAGCCCUGAGCACUCGUCCGAGGCCGACCGAGAGCUCAUGAAGGAGCUGUUUGAUCGGUGUGAGAACAAGAGACGGACAUUAUUUAAACUAGCCAGCGAGACGGAGGACAACGACAAUAGUUUGGGGGACAUCCUACAGGCCAGUGACAACCUCUCCCGGGUCAUCAACUCUUACAAAACAAUUAUAGAAGGGCAGGUCAUCAAUGGUGAGGUGACCACCUCAACCAUGCCUGACUCUGAAGGAAACAAUCACUGCAGUAACCAAGGCACUCUCAUCGACCUUGCUGAGUUGGACACACCCAGCAGCUCAUCCCCAGUGUUGGCUCCAGCACCCACUCCAUCUUCCUCAGGAAUCCCUAUCCUUCCUCCACCCCCCCAGACCUCUGGACCUCCUCGCAGCCGCUCAGCAAGCCAGGCCGAGGCUCCCCCAGGGCCCAACAGCACAAGCAAUGCCCUCUCCUUGCUGGAUGAGGAACUGCUCUGUUUGGGCCUCACUGACCCAGCCCCCACUGCUCCUCCCAAAGAUUCUGCUGGAAGCAGCCAGUGGCACCUGUUCCAGAGUGAACCAUCAGACCUGGACUUCUUCAGCUCCAAGCCAGGGCCUGCUGCUUGCUGCCCAUCAGAGGGACCCCUACUUCCAGCUGCAGCCACUGUCUUAAGUACCCCCCAGGCUGCCUCGCCACACCCUUUCCCAGUUCCUGUGGCCCCAGCCAGUGCGCCUGCUCCCAGCACUGCCUCCUUCAUGCUCUCUUCUGGACUUGCCCCAGCUUUGGCUUCGAAAGUUGAGUGCCUCAGCUCAGGACUGGGUGACAGCACGUUGCACCAACUGGAUGCCCUUGAUCAACUUCUGGAAGAGACCAAAGUGAACUCAGGCUUGGUGAAGCCAGUCUCUUGCUUUUCCCCUGGGGCUGCUACCUCCCCCCUGCUCCCCACCUCUGCGCCUGCCAGGCCUCUCCUGCCCUUCUCCACUGUGCCUGGGAGUCCUCUCUUCCAGCCACCAGCCUUCCAGUCCCAGGGCAGCCCUGUGAAGGGGCCUGAGCUCUCACUGGCCAGUGUCCACGUGCCCCUGGAAUCCAUCAAACCUAGCAGUGCCCUUCCUGUGACAGCCUAUGACAAGAAUGGCUUCCGCAUCCUGUUCCACUUUGCCAAAGAGUGCCCACCAGGGCGGCCUGAUGUUCUGGUGGUGGUGGUGUCCAUGCUGAACACAGCUCCCUUGCCAGUCAAGAGCAUCGUGCUGCAGGCUGCAGUGCCCAAGUCAAUGAAAGUGAAGUUGCAGCCACCCUCUGGAACCGAACUCUCUCCGUUUAGUCCUAUCCAGCCACCUGCAGCCAUCACCCAGGUUAUGCUGCUGGCCAAUCCAACGAAGGAGAAAGUGCGGCUUCGGUAUAAACUGACAUUUGCCCUGGGGGAGCAGCUGAGCACAGAACUGGGUGAAGUGGACCAGUUCCCUCCAGUGGAGCAGUGGGGGAACCUAUGACCCCGAAGAGGAUUCAGUGACCUCCAUUUGGAAGACAGGCAGGCUGCCCUGAGAUAGAAAGGGCUCUGGUCCAGUUACUACUUUCUGGACAAUAUUUAUAGCUUUGACAUGGACCAGGGCCUGUCCAGAGCCAAGCUACUGCUGUGAUAAUCUUUCCUUGGGCCCCUAAAAGGACCUGUUUUUAUCUACCUGUGUGACUUGAAGUGGCCAUAUACCGCCGGGUGGGGAGAUGGCCCAUGGCUUCACAGGCUGCACUGGGAUAGUGGAUGCCAGGCCUGAAUUAGGUUGUUUUGUUUUUUACUGGCAUUCCCUGAUGCCCAGGGAAGGGUUCUAAAGAGAGGCUUGAGAUCUCCCUCAAGAACUGGGUCCUCACACCCCAAAGAGGCAGGUCUUGAGAGGUCGUAGCCCCUAUGGUUAGCCCAUGUUUCCUUGCUGGCAAGGCUCUCCUGCCACCCGAAGUGAGGUGGACAGUCAGUGGCUCAGAAGAGUUGUACUGUAGAAUCUUCACUCAGCCGUCUGCAGGCAGUAGCAUCCUGGAAUGAGUGGUAUGCUUGUCCCUGGCAGUGGCACGCUGUGUCCUAUGGACAUCUCAGCAGGUCAGGGAAUACAACCUAGCAGAAACAGAACUUGGCAUAAUAGCCUUAACUAGGGAUUCAAAGGAAAAUGGAAGAGGACCAGUAUUUCCUUUCAGAGCAGGUACUGAAACUUUCUGGGAAAAGCAUACCUCCUGCCAUGGGGACAGGCCAUCCUAAUCACUACCUCUUGCUUACCAUGAAGUAAACUUCUUGUCCUCCCCUUAUGUAUGCAAAGGGAAGACAACUCCCAUCAUGCUCUGCAUCCUCCAGGCUUGGCCUCCUCUUCCUGCCAUAUGGAGUACAGUGUGGCAUCUAUGGUUGGACCCUGGAAAUACCAGGGUUAUUCACAUUGCACUAAAUUAUAUCUUUUUGUGCCACACCAAAACACCCAGUCCCCUGGCUGUAGACCUGUAGAGGAGCACUGUCAGCAAUGCGUUGGGCCUUGAGGUAAUGAGGGGCUGUGUGUGGAUCCUGUUUCAGACCUAUUGCUUCAGCAAUGAUCACUCAGCCCCACUACUAGGUAUUAUUAGGUAUUACUAAGGUGACAUGAAGUUGGAUAGGCUCAGCUAUCUGCUGCCUCUAAGGAAGUCGGCACAGACUGCACCCCCGUACCCUCUAGUAGCUUCCUUGCUCUAUCCAGGAGUCAUCUCACACAGCGACCCUAAUCUGCCUAGCAAUAUUUGAUUACUUACGACAGGUCAAAAGUGAAUCAUUUUCAUACAAAUGAAUCCAAGAACUUCCCAAGAGACUGGCUUCUUUUGCCCUGGAAUUUCUGGGAUUGCUAUGUAGAGAUGGACCUUUCUAAUAACUGUUGGACAUUAAAAUUGAGUGUUACUCAUUACUGCUGAGGUCACUGCUUCAUGGCAAACAACUGUAUUGUGUAUACGAACUUCUGCCCUUGUUUUGCUGCAUGUUAAAUAAACCAUUUUCACCCUA